AUGCGACCAAGACCUACCACCAACCAGCCAAGGAGCGCUCCAGUGGCUCCACUUUACCCUGGUGUGAGCCCGCAGAUGAACGCCGCCCUCGUCGACGACUCCCACACCGCGUACAGUCUUGCCUGCCGUAUGGGUGCGCAGAGAAACAACGAACAAAUUCGUGCCCUUCGCUUGGAGAUGUUUACCUACGCGGCGUCAAUCGGCCUUCAGGUUGUUCUUCCCUGGUCAGCUCUUAAAGACCACUACCCUGUGCUGCUCGAAGGCUAUAUGGACAAUAUUGCGACCCAUUUUCAUGCACGCUAUGGUUGGGACCGAGAAUUGUGUGAGGAGUUGCUGGGUAAUAUUUUUACUUCGCGUGAGUUAAGGAGGGCUGCGGGCUUCCCUACUGAAGAGGGAUAUGACCAAAUUAUCAGCUCUAGACCAGGUUCCCAGACGGCAAGGGUUGUUGAACCGCCUGUCUGCUCAACGCCAGUGCCACCGCCAUCCGUCUCUCCAGCCCCAGCCCUAGCGUCUCCAGCUAUAGCGUGCCAAGGCGGGGACCAUGCGCCAGCAGGUAGUGCCGGGGUGCCUAAAGCGGAUAGUAUGGAUAUCGACAGCCCACCUGUCAAGACCGGGCCGAGUGACGAAGCUCCAAAUUCUGUCGAUGGAUCUCCGGUCCUAUUCAAAAAGAACGUGCAAGACUUGAAUUUCCUAGAUCCCGCUUCCAUCGCGGCCGCGGGAAGGCAGCUAGGCCUGGAUGCUGAGCGCGAGCCAUUCUCUCAGAAGCACGCUAACCUGCCCACGGACGGGGCCCGGGAACAACCCGCCGUCAAAGUCAGCGUUGGACCAAUCAAUGAUCUCACCGCGCUGUUUCCAAAGCCGACCUACGUCCAACCACCGCCCAUGCUUCCCCCUCUUAGGCCAAGGGCCACUACCGUGCUCAACUUCUACUUCCCUGAUGCCGAGGGGGCAUGCUUUGCCCUUACGCCUGAUGACAACUACGACGUGUUCCUUGAACUCAUACGGAAUAGGACUGUGGGCUUGGUCUGGUCGCCGAAUGAGAAGAGCUGGUAUAAACUUAGCUGCAAAAACAACUAUGAUGGGAUGUGGCUGAUCGUCAGGCCAGGGAGCACUGAUAUCUUUUUGGAUUGGGUGAAGAUCUAUCAAGAUAUUGUUCUCGAGGGGAACAGUUCCUAUAAACUCAGGUGCUAUAGCAUUUGCAAUUAG